AAAUUUCUCACAGCCUAAUUCUUCUUCAACUUACCAUCUCAUCAUCCCAGCACAUCCUACUUUUGCCAAGUGAAUCAAAUCUCGGUCAAACCCAAGGCGAAGGCGACUGCAUUGGUUUCAUGCUAGCCCGAAUCCUUUGUCCAUCCAGAUCUAGAGCACAUCCAAGAUUUUUGCAUAUAUUACAGGGUUCCGUGUCCUUUAAAUUGACCUGCGCGAUGUCUCGUCGCCCAAUCUCAACGUCACCAACCCCUGGGCCUCAGGACGAUUCAGAGCGGCCACCAAAACGUCCGCGAAUAGACCAUCUUACACCAGAUUCCUUCAGAAAUGGUAUAUUCCUCGCACCAAUGGUUAGAUCUGGUGCUCUGCCAACGCGAUUAAUGGCUCUCAAGUAUGGCGCGACGCUUGUUUGGGGCCCCGAAAUGGUAGACAAGGCUAUACUACAUGCAGAACGCGAGGUUGACCCUGUUACCGGUGUCAUCUCAUACAACGGCAAGACUCGUGCCAUGUUCACGACCCAUCCUCUCGAGAAACCAUACCUAGUAUACCAAAUCGGCUCCGCCGACCCCGAGCUAGCAGUGCAGGCUGCCAAAACAGUCAUGCAGGACGUUUCAGGCGUUGACCUCAACUGCGGGUGUCCGAAGCCCUUCAGCACACACGCUGGCAUGGGUGCGGCUCUCUUGACGAAUCCGGAUCUUCUUUGUGGAAUACUGGAGGCUUUGAGAAGGGAAUUGCCCAGGGAAAUCAGUGUAUCGGCGAAGAUCAGACUACUUUCAACUCAGGAAGAGACGAAGAAGCUGGUAGAAAGGAUUGCAAGGACAGGUGUGGAUGCGAUCACAGUACACUGUCGGACAAGGAACAUGAGGCCGAGAGAGCGAGCAUUGGUUGAUAGGCUGAGAGAGAUCGUUGAAUUUGUUCAUGGGUUGGGUUUGGACGUGGCGAUAAUUCAAAAUGGAGAUUGUACAGGAAGGGGAGAUGCAACGCGCAUUAGAGAACUCACCGGUGCGUUUACUUGUGGAAGUUCUGGUACACAUAUUCUUAUACAUUGUUCAGGCGCAGACUCAGUCAUGAUAGCAACUUCAGCAGAGUCAAAUCCAUCGUGUUUCUCUGCAACACCCCUUCAAGAUGUUGAGUCAACACUUUCACCUUCGUAUCUGCGCCUCUGCAAAUACUUGGAUAACCACUGGGCCGCUACGAAAUUUUGUGUCGCUCAAUUCAAGGGUACACGCUCUGCGCUUUCAAAGACUGACGCACACGAGGUGAAGUCAAGGAUAGCGAAAGCCAAAGGAUAUGAAGACCUCGAGGAUAUUGUUGGGAGCUGGACGGGCGAGGAAGAAUUCAAGGAGAUUUCGAGGAUUGUGGAGGCACGUCCACCACGGAUAUCCGCUGAGGCAGAGCAGGAAGAGGCAGAAGAAGAUAUACCCCCACCGUGCGCAACACCUCCUGAUCGCCCCAAUCCUGAGCCGCCGUUAUCUGGCGCACCGAAAAUGGGGCUUAGAAUGCCUAUGCCUGCGAUCAUAACAGGUAGUGAUAUGGUCUCACCUACACCCACUCCUGGUGGCAUACGUUGAGGCUUCGUUACAAUCAUAUUUUUAAUACGUUAUACGCAUAUAAUUCAUUGGUUGAAGCAGGUCCCAGAUGUAAAGUAGUAUCGAAGGAUGCACU